CCAUGAGCGAAGCGGACCAUCGUAGAAAAAAUCCUUUCGCUGCUCCUGCCCGACAGAGUGACAUGCGGCAGGAUGCUGGAGACGAUUUCGAAGGUCACGAGCAAUACGACGAAACGUUAGGCGAAGAAGUUCCAUCGGCGAUGACGGAAUCGUACAGUGAAAUCGCCUACACGCACAACCUGUUCGCAGGAGCGGCUGCCGAAGAAACGGACGGUGGUGCUAGCAACGGUAACCAACCGGACGGAUCAUCUUCGUCCUCGUCGUCUUCGCAGACGAAAAAACGACCCGACUCCUUGGUGUGUGAUGGACGUAAAGCUUCAUUCCCAUACAACCUCGAAGGAACCGUACGGGUGGACGGCAACAUGACGCACUUUGUGGCGGAAAACUUAGAGUACAAAAUCAAGCUAGAGCCCGUGACGGUCACACGGAAGGAUUCUUGCAAUUUGUCCAGCUCGCGGCAAAGCACACCCUCGGCAGCUACCGGUGGUCUCAGCGGGCUAAGCUUUGGUCCCGGCACUAGCGGUGCUAAUUUAACGCUGCCCGGUACUAGCAGCAGCCGAGGACCGAUGGCGUACGGGAGUGGAUUCGUCGCUCCCCAUCCAGCAUCGGCCUCGUCCGUCGAUCCGAACGUGCUGAACGAGAUCGAACGCGAGGCGCAAGCGCUAGCCGCAUCGGUCGACAAUCUGUCGGAAAGCUUGUGCAGCGUGCUGCACUCGAUCUCCUCCAUUACGGCGGACAAUGUGGAGAUUUACAAAAACUCCGUCACGAAGCUGACGGACUGCAUGGACGGUAACAUCAAGUGUAUGUACACGAUAAUGGCCAAAGCGGAGGAAAUUUCUAAAACGAUCAAACCGGCCGAAGCCCUAGCAGUAAGAAUACGUGAAAUUAAACGACUUGUCGACAUGCUGGAAAGCAACGUUUGAACGUGACAGUCAUCUACAGGGAGAGGCAUUGUUACAGCUGCGCGUGAGAAUUAUGUACACAUUCCGCCUAUUUGGUACUAUAUAAGUAUGAGAGAUUAUUUAUUACCAAAAAUUAAUCAACCUCGGGCUGCGGGAGUAUAGCUCGACCGCCCCGAAGCUCGCCAUUGCCACGCAAAGGUGCAACAAAAAUCAAUCCCUCCGUGCUCUAUAUGUUAUGGUCCCUUUAUUAAUACCCCUUCCUUUAUGCCGACAUUAAA